AUGCUCUCACGGCACGACGAAUGCUCUCACGGCACGGCGAAUGCUCUCACGGCACCGCGAAUGCUCUCACGGCACCGCGAAUGCUCCCGCGAACGCUCCCGCGAAAGCUCCCGCGAACGCUCCCGCGAACGCUCCCGCGAACGCUCCCGCGAACGCUCCCGCGAACGCUCCCGCGAACGCUCCCACGAGGGCUUCCGCGAGUGCUCCCAGAGCACUCACCAAUGCUCACAGAGCUGA